AGGUGGGCUACGGUGCGUGUGUCAACCAGGGUGGGCGGGGGUGGGCUGUUCCUCACCCACCACGCCCACCACCUUCCACCUGCAUAGCUUCGUCAAAUUGGCUCUCUCCUUCACCCCUCUUGGCUACACCACCUCCAUUAGUCUCAGGUUCAGAACGCGACGUAGUGAAGGCCAGCUGGUCGUCCUGUCGUCCCGGGAUGGAGGUGACCGCUUCGGCCUGCAGCUGGUGGGUGGACGGGCCUGUCUCUUGCUCCAGCUGUCUCCAGACCCUCCCAGGACCAGCUGUCUCUCCUCUCCUCGCCUCACAGAUGGUCGUUGGCACCACCUUUCUGCUGCUAGACAGGGUUCAGCUACCUUCCUGACGGCGGAUGACGGUGACGGGGAGCUGUACCAGGCGUCUGUCUCACUCGAAGGGCGGCAACUGUUGUCAGUGGAUAGGCUGGAGGGCGUACACGUCGGGGGCACGGCAGAGUACGUGGGUCUUACUGUGGUCAAAGUGCACGGCGAUUUCUAUGACGGUUGUAUGGAUGACGUCAGAAUCUCCGGGCGUGGUGUGCCCCUCCCCCCAGAGGUCAACAAGACGGCGUGGGGGCGUGUGGGAGUGGCCAGGGGGGUGGAGGGAGGCUGCCGCGCGCCCCCUGCCUGUGCUAACGUUACCUGCCGCGCGCCCCUCACCUGUGUUGACACCUGGAGAUCUUACCACUGCGGAUGUGGUCAGGGCCAGGCAUGGGACGAAGGAACAACUACCUGUGUGGAGGCGGACGAGUGUGUGUGGAGGCCCUGUCUGCACGGCGGGUCCUGCCUUAACACCUCCCCAGCGGGCUUCGUGUGCGCCUGUCCUGUCGGGUUCAGCGGGCAACACUGUCAUCUGCCCGACGUGGGGGAGACUUCGCUCAAACUCUCCCUCGGUGCUCUGGUCGCUAUCGUCGUCUGGUGUACUCUACUCUUCCUGCUCAUCUGCGCCUUCCUGCUUCACCAACAUCACCGACGUUCAGCGCUGCGCAGGGGGAUGGCUGAUGGCAAGGAGACAUCUGUUAGCUGUAAAGAGCAGGUGGUGCCUCCCCCCUGCAGCCACGCCACACCUAACUUACUGGAGCUACAGCUGUUGAAGCCGCCCAGGACCAACGGCCAGCCAGCCUGGACCAGCAACCCAAAUAUUGCAGAUGUGGACGUCCUACAGGUAGACGCGGCGUCGGUCACCAGCAGCUUGGAGGAACAGCAGCGGAGGGGCGGCGCCUUCCACACAACACCCCUCACCCACCACCAGGCACCCUGUAGCAGCAACGUAGGUGACGCACAGAGAAGCAGUACCACCACAGGCGACACACAGAAGAGAGGAAGCCAGAAUGGGUGUAGUCGAGGAGCACCUGAGAACCCUCCUGCCGGCGAUGACCUCAGGAACUACGCCUACGAGGGUGAAGGGUCGUCUCCCGGGUCACUGUCGUCCUGUCUGGAGAGUUGCAGCGGAAGUGCCAAAUUCCUGGGCGGGUUCCGUGAGGUGGCACACAUGCUGGAAUCUUGACACGCGGUUGGCUCACAUGUAAGUCAAUCAGAGGCGUCGUCGACCAAAACAAACACUGCUGAUCACGACGUUGCCUCAGUCAGUGUUAUCCACAUCCCCAGCAGCAGCACGGAGCAGCUGUCUUUACCAGUCAGGAACGAGAUCAUGACACCUGUGGCGGCCACGGCGGUGUCUACUUCAGUCUCCGACCUCCCCUGUGCCUUCCACGUCGUCAGAUAGUGGCAUCGUUGACAGUGGAGCCUCGACAAGCGUCCACACAACACCACCAUUAAGUGUAUAUCGUGUUUUCAAUCUCAUCUAUCGAUUUUUUGAUGUUUAUAUGUCUUCACGUGUUUUACUCGGCAGCGUCGCAAAACUACCUGUAAAUAUUAUCCAGAAUUUAGAUUAUAUGUCUUUUUGUUUUGUUUGUUUAUCACUUCAGAGUCGCCGCUCAUAACACGUAACAACCGAGGUGUCACCGUUCACAGCUCCCGUAAAAAAAAUAUAUAAAAAAAUCUAUAAACUUGCUUCCUUAUUCUUCGAUGUUGCUUUUUUAUUUUCAUGUAACAUUGAUCCAAAAUAUAAACAUUUUAGCAGAUAAGAAUGUUUACUGACUUUGUUACUGUAAAAAAAUAAGAAUACUUAUACGAGUAAAAAAACAACAACUAAAAUUUAUACAAUACACUUCACUUAUUUAACGGUAUUGGAAACUUAAGGUGUUUUGAUUGUAUUGGAUGAGGCAAGAUAAUAAUUACUGUGGAGUCACCUGAACAUUACCCCACCACCACCACCAGCACAUUUCACCUGAUGAUUAAACACCCUAAUUCUACUUGGAGGGGUUAGAUUAGUGUUUGUAUUAGGUUAGGUUAGAUUAAGUUAGGUUAUCUUAGGGUUAGUGUUGCGUUACUUUAGAUUAAGUUAGGCUGUGUUAGGUUAGGUUAGCAUUAGGGUAUUUAAUGUUCUGGUGAUUUAAGCUGAAUGAAGGUUAAGUUAGGUUUCUUAAAUGUGGAAGGACACACACGCACACACACGCGCACACACACACAC